AUGGCCGUCGAACGAUUCUUGGGUACACGGGCGCAACGCCUGUUCCUUGCUACCAAAACCGUAGCAGUGCUGGUCAUGGUUGCGAUCACAUUCAGACUGGUGGAGGAGCACGUCAACCUCAACGAGACCCGAUACAAAACAAUACCAUGCUAUCUGGCUCUCUUCGCAUUGGCAGAGGUCUUCGAAAUCCUUCUCGCUCUAGAUGCCCUGCGAUUACGGAAUGUCAUUCAGCUCGCUGGAAUCCUUCUAUUCCAUUGCGCGCUGAUAGUCUUUGCUGCUCUACAAAUUCACGAGACAAAAGAUGCACUAAACUAUGAUGACAACUGUGCGGGACAAAUUUACUGUAACGGCGUCUUGUGGAGACGAGUGCAGCCAUACCUGAUCGUGGCACCAUGUAUCAUUGGAGUGUCAUGGCUGGUGCUCAUGUUCUUUGUCAGAGAGCUGUACUUCGAGUUUGGAUGGGCAAUCUUCCAUGUUGUUGGUGCGAAUCCCAAGAUGAAGACGAUGUAUCAGUUUUAUCAAGUCAUGGUCUGCCUGCUCAAGUUCAACUUCUUCUGCUUUGCCGGUGUCACGAUGCAAAUGCUUAUCCUAGUGCUUGCAAGUAGUUCGGCAGAGUUCGGUGUGACCAUAGCGGCAGUUCCGGUCGUCUUGUUCCUUUUGGUUGCAUGCGCCAUUGCGGUGCAGCGUGAAAUUAAGUGGCUUAUGUCUGUGUCCCUUGUACUCAUGUUGGGGGCUGAAGCCUACUUAUAUAAGCUGAUCCGCUUCUACGAGCCCUCUUCCUCGUGGCAAUACCUCUCUACAAGAGCCACCUUGACAUUCUUCACCGUAGCCUCGUUCCUAUUGCUCUUCGCUACGUUUGCUAUCGGUCUGCGCUGCUUCGCAGACUUUGACAAGGGCCUGAAGUACUCGAAAGUAUACGGUUCCGAUCUCCCGACGAAGGGGAAAUACUCAUCGAACGCUGUUACGCCGCUAGGAGACUCGGACGAGCGCGCUGGGAUGGCCGAGCGGCAGUCGUCUUACGUUGGAGGAUCGCGUUUGCAGCCCAGGAUAUCGAUUGAGUGA